CCUAAAUUCAAAGCCCUUUUCACCGUCCACCCCUUCAAUCUGUUCUCUCUCUCUCUCUCUCUCUGUCUCUCAAACUAUCCUUUUCACUGUUGAGAAGAACUAAUCCAUGGACAUGGAGGACGAGUACGGCAUGGCCGAUCUCAGGCAAUACAUGAACGGGAGGCCCCAUUUUCCAGGCAUCCCACCGCUGAGAGACAUCUUCUCCGCCAAUCUUGCACCACCGCCUCAUCAUCAGCACCACCACUACGAGAUGAUCUUGAUGGAUCGCCAUCAGCAGCAGCUGCAGCCUGGAGGCCUUCAUCAUCACCAUGAUCAGUUCGGCUCUGAUUCCGCCACCAACACCAACACCACCACCACCACCACCGCCUCCAGUGUGGCGGCCAUGCCCACUUCUAGCACUGUUUAUGGGUUGGAGAUGGAAGGUGGCGCCCUUGGCGGCGGCGAAGCCGGCACCGCCAGGUGGCCCAGACAAGAAACUCUCACUCUCCUCGAGAUCAGAUCCAGGCUUGAUUCCAAGUUCAAGGAGGCUAAUCAGAAGGGUCCAUUGUGGGAUGAAGUCUCCAGGAUAAUGUCUGAGGAACAUGGGUAUCAAAGGAGUGGUAAAAAAUGCAGAGAAAAGUUUGAGAACUUGUAUAAAUAUUACAAGAAGACUAAGGAAGGCAAGGCUGGUAGACAAGACGGAAAACACUAUAGAUUCUUCCGGCAGCUUGAGGCUCUCUAUGGCGAUGCCAACCAUCCAGCUUCAGUUUCAGAAACCCAUCUUCUAGGAAACAAUUUUCGCUUCCAGAAAGCGAACCAAGAAUCUUUCUUUCAAGCUCCAAAGCUCUGCGAUAGCCUUGGCCUCUCUAAUUCCUCAGAAACUGACACUUCUUCCUGGGAGGAUUACAACGAUGUUAAUGCCGGCAAGUUAGUGGACAGUGAUUCGGCGGAGAAGAAGAAGAAGAGGGGAAGAAGGAGCUGGAAGGCGAAGGUGAGAGACUUCAUUGAUUUGCAGAUGAAGAGGCUGAUGGAGAAGCAGGAAGAAUGGCUGGAGAAGAUGAUGAAGACAUUUGAAAAGAAGGAACAGGAGAGGGUUUUGAGAGAGCAGGAAUGGAGGAAGCAAGAGGCGGAUCGGAUCGAGCGAGAGCACGAAUUCUGGGCUAAUGAGCGAGCCUGGAUCGAAGCUCGCGACGCAGCUUUAAUGGAGACUCUGCAAAAGUUAACAGGCAACGAAUUAGUGAAGCCUCCAUCGCCAGAUAAGCUGUUAAUGGGGCCUGAAGCUGAGCUUCAAAGGGAAAGCAUCAACAGUUAUCUAAGGAGAAAGGAGGGCAACAAGAAAUUCAAAGAGAAUUCGAGGAGUUUCAGUUACUUUCAGAACAAUGAAUCAUCGGUUUACAAUCAAGGUGGAGGAGCCUGUUAUGAACUCAAUGAACAAAAUGGUGGAACUUCACCUCCUACUUUGAAUGAUGGCUGCUUCAACUUCUUGGUUGGUGCAGAUCAUGGGAACAACCCGUGGGAGAAUUAUGGUGUGAAGCUCCGGAACGAAGAAAAUCCCUAAAGUAGGUGGCAUUACAGGUUCUAGCUAGGAAGCCAUUGACUGUUCUUAGAGGUACGUAAGAAAUUUGACUACUUUGUUUCCAUUGAUAAUGGGAUGCCAUUGAUGCGUGUUUAUGCAGGUUGCUAACCGAGGGUCUAGGGUUUAUGUAUAGGCUUGGUGUUUCAUGGGUCUAGAGAGGCAUUGAGGCAAAGAAUGGUUUUUUUUUUUUUUUUUUUUUAUCCUUCUUUUUCUGGUGGAGUUCAAUGGGGAUGUGGAGCUUGUGGUGUUUCUAGCUCUUCUAUGUUGGUAAUUAUCAUCUCAUUCAUUUAUGAACUUAUCUUUUCAGGCAUGCCUAA